AUGGGUGUUGGCCUCAAACCAUUAGAGUUUACGGAUUGCUUAACUGAUAGUCCCUACUUUCGAGAAAAUCUUCAUUAUCAUGAACGUGAAUUGGAGAACACUAAUCAACAGAUUAAACGACUCAUCAAGGAGGUCAAAGGGCUUUUAUUAGCUGCCAAAAAUUUAUCCAAAGCCCAGAAAGCAUUUUCUAAAACAUUACAAAAUUUUAGCUUUGAAUGCAUUGGGGAAACUCAAACCGAAGACGAAAGUCACAUAUCGCAAAGCCUUAAGAAAUUUAGUGAACUUAUUGCAUCAAUAGAGGAUGAAAGGGAUCGCAUGCUUAAACGUGCAGAUGAUCAAAUUAUACUUCCACUGGAAAACUUUAGGAAAGAACAUAUUGGGGGAGUUAAGGAAGGAAAAAAGAAAUUUGAGAAACAAACUAUCAAAUUUUGUCAAAGUCAAGAACGUUAUUUAAAUUUGUCUACAAAGAAACAAGACAAUGUUUUGCAAGAGGCUGACGCUACACUGGAAAUGGCUGAAAGACAUUUUUGUCAAGCCAGUUUAGAAUAUGUAUUCUUACUUCAAGAAGUACAAGAACGAAAGAAGUUUGAAUUUGUUGAAACUUUAUUAGGUUUUAUGUUUGGCUGGUUAACUUUCUAUCAUCAAGGCCAUGAAGUUGCUAAAGACUUUAAACCUUACAUGACCGAGUUACAAUUAAAAAUACAAAAGACUAGAGACAAUUUCCUUGCUACCCGGGAUAAAACAGAAUCGCUUAUGAAUAAAAUGAAGGAUAUGAAAAAGUCUGCUGUAGAAAGUGGAGUCAAUAAACUGUACACCCGUGAAGGCUAUUUAUUUUUAAUGGAAAAAAAAGCAUUUGGCACAACAUGGACAAAACAGUAUUGUACAUAUCAGAAAGACAAGAAAGAAUUUACUAUGAUACCCUAUAAUCAGCUUACUGGGAAAUUUAGCAGCAAAGAAGUUCUAACGCUAGCAUCUUGUAUACGUCGUAUGUCAGAUACAAUUGAAAAACGUUUCUGUUUUGACAUCACCACUGUUGAUAAGCCUAAUGUAGUAUACACAUUCCAAGCACUAUCUGAAGAAGAUAGAAAGUUGUGGUUAGAUGCCAUGGAUGGCAAAGAAUCAGUAAGCAUUAAGAAUUACGCUGCAGUAGGUGCAUCAACAAAAUCCGAAGAAAAUGUUUUAGAUGAAACAGGCUUUAUGUUUGUAUCAAAAUGUAUUGCAGCUCUCGAAGAAAGGGGCCUUGAAGAGCAAGGUCUAUAUAGAGUUGUUGGUGUUGCUUCAAAAGUAAAUAAGCUUUUAGCAAUGGGAUUAGAUAGAAGGAAACUUGAAAAACUUAAUCUUGAAGACCGCUUCGAAUGGGAAAGUAAAACCAUUACCAGUGCAUUAAAAACUUACCUAAGGACGUUAUCCGAACCGUUAAUGACUUUUCGAUACUAUAACAGUUUCAUUUCAGCUGCGAAACAAGAAGUGAAAGAAGCACGUAUAAGUGAUAUUCAUAAUCUUGUUUAUCGACUACCAAAAGCAAAUUUUAAUAUGCUAGUUCUUCUUAUUAGACAUCUUUGUAGCGUCGCGAAAAAGAGUGAUAAAAAUCUAAUGACUGUGGGAAAUUUGGCUGUAUGUUUUGGUCCGUCUUUAUUAAGACCAGAAGAAGAAACAGUUGCUUCUAUAAUGGAUAUUAAAUUUUAUAAUAUUGUAGUUGAAAUUUUAAUUGAAAAUUGUGAAAGAAUAAUUGCUGGUCCACCACAAGAUACUAUACGCUCAACACAAAACACUGCUCCUCCUAGGUCACAGCGUGUAAAUACAGAGGACGGAUCGGCGUCGUCUGGUAACGGUACUCCUUUUUUAAAAUACCCAGUACAUGUUAUGUCUUCACCACAUGGACAUCACAUUACAAGGCCAUACUACGACGGUCCAUCAGCAGUUGUUACUAAAACACCUUCUAUCGAUGAUCGAAAAAAUGGAGAUUAUGAAGAAGUAGAGCAUACAAGUCACAGAAUACCGCCAUAUCUGGAUAGUCGCAGCGGACGUGUCAAAUUAAAUAAUGCAAAUGUCAUGUACCAUUCUGCAGAUAAAGUAUUAACAAGUGGCAACACAAGUAGUUCAAGUGAAUCAAUUGCACCCGAUCCACACUCGUUUUCAUCCGAUUUACCGGUGAAACAAAAACGUGGUUCUAUGAUGCCUGUACAUUAUCCAUCAGGUUACACUCAACGAAAUAAUCCACCAGUAUCUGUAAUUAACACAUCACCCGGUAGUGGACGUUCAAGUCCUGGACAGGUACCUGGCAUUUGGAGAGUCCGUACUUUAUACGCUUGUGUAGCCGAAAGCGACGGAGAGUUAUCGUUUGAACCAAAUCAGAUUAUAACAAAUGUAAAGGCCUCUUUGGAACCUGGAUGGUUAGAAGGUACAUUAAAUGGUAAAACAGGAUUGGUCCCAAAGAACUAUGUUGAACAAUUACCUUAAAUUUAAAACAGCCAAAGAGUGCCUAAAUUGUUUUUACAUUCCAUAAUUAUAAGUUCUUUUAGCACUGUUGCUUGUUGAAGCAUAUGUUCAUGAAAACAAAAAAUAAUGUUAACGACAUAUGUGAAACGCAAUAUUUUCUAUUUAAAUUCCUUUGGGUACAAUUUACAUAGUCAAUUAUAUAUACAUUCGUAUAUACAUUUUUUAUUUAUUAGGAGCCUCUUUGCUCAAAAGCGUCUAUAUUGUAUAUAAUCUAUUGUAGAAAAAUUUAUAUAUACUUAUAUACAAAAGCAUAUAACGCUAAUAUAUUACAUGAUAUUUAAAUAUAUUUGUACUGAAAGAUAUUGCUCCAUUAUGCAGCUAGUAGAAAAUCUCAUAGGCAAUAAUAUUUGUUUAUACUGCGAUAGUCUCUGCAUAUACGUUCACUCGAAUACAUACACAUACACAAUAUAAUAUCAGAAUGUGAUAUAAAAUAAAUAAAUACCAAAUAUAAUCAGAAUUUUUAAUAAAGACUUUAUUGAUGUGUAAA